AUGCGCAUUGGAGUCCUCAAGGGCAAUGGGAUUGGCCCAGAGAUUAUGAGCGCCGCCCAACGUGUCCUCGAAGCAACAGGUAUGCCGAUCGAAUGGUAUGAUAUCUUGAUAGCUGAGGAGGCAAUCGAGAAGUAUGGGCACCCCCUGCCGCCCGAGACCGUAUCCCAGCUUCGGUCGGUUGGCGUCACCUUGAAAGCUCCCAUCAUCACCCAUAAGCUCGUCGGGCGCAUUACUUGCGACCAGCCGGACGGAACUUCGGCAACUUAUCCGUCUCUGAAUAAUGCCAUCAGGAGAGAGUUGGGACUAUUCGUCAACCCAAGACCCAUCCGUGGUUUCCCCGGCGUCUCUGGCCGGUACGAGUCUCUCGACUGCAUCAUUAUGCGCGAGGUCACUGAGGAUCUUUACUCCGGCAUCGAGCACCAGAUCGGCGACGACGUGGCCGCAGAAGCUGUCAAGCUUACAACGCGCGCUGCAGCCACCAGAGUCUGCAGGUACUCCUUCGAGUACGCUCGCAAGAACGGCCGCAAGCGUGUCACCUGUCUUCACAAGGCCAACGUUCUGAACUACACCGACGGACUGUUUCUCCGAUGUUUCCGUGAGGUCAGCAAAGAAUACGACGAUAUCAAGACCGAAGAGCUUAUGAUUGACGCCGCUUGUUACAUCAUUGUGCGGGAUCCCAAACGGUUCGACGUCGUUGUCGCUUCCAAUCAAUACGGCGACAUAUUCUCGGACUUGGCAGCUAGGCUCGUUGGAUCUCUGGGCUUGGCUCCGGGGAUGAAUAUCAGCGAUGACAUUGCCGUCUUUGAAGCUUGUCAUGGGGCCGCUCCCGACAUCGCUGGCAAAGGGAUUGCGAAUCCCUUGGCUUUGACUUUGAGUGGUGCAAUGCUCCUGGAUCACGCCGAACAUUGGAAGCAAGGCAAUGCUGUUCGGGAAGCUGUACGCAUUGUCGUUGAGCGCGGAGCGGAUCUCACCCCUGACUUGGGUGGUUCGGGCACAACUGAGUCCUUGACUGAUUCAGUUGUUGGGGAAUUGAAGAGAAUCAUUCGCUCUCAGUAG